CGCAUGCAUUCGUCUCUGCCGAGUCUAAACGCACCCUUCCAAACAGUGUCCUCGAUUGUCUCCUGUCACCCGCGCGCUCACUGUUGUCUUUAUUUAUCACGCGAACCAAUGCUGGAAGUGCGCGCGCUGCUCUGCUCCGCCUCCGCGCGCGGCGUCUGACAGCUCGCGAGCUUCACACACACACACACACACGCGCACGCACACACAAGCGCGCACGAGCCGCGGCGCUCAGCACUUCAGCGUUUCUUUCCCAGCUCCCCGACUGGCGCGCCGCUCAAAUGCGAGUUUAUUUCGCCGUAAUUACCGGUAGCGACGCUAAUGUCUUCGGCACGGACUGUGGGACGGAUUUAGUACUGAGUCUGAAUUUCAGUACAGUCAUUUGAAAGGUUUUUUUUUCUUUCUUUCCUCCAUCAACCUCAGUCAUUUAGACGAGUAUGGUUUCGCGGUGGAGUUGUGUCUCUAUCAAGAUAACAUGCCUUUUCUUUUUCGGCUUUGCUGUUUUUGUCACACAGGGGGCCCCCAGCAACGAAGUGAACCUGCUGGACUCGCGCUCUAUAAUGGGUGACCUCGGAUGGAUAGCCUACCCGAAGAACGGGUGGGAAGAAAUCGGAGAAGUGGAUGAAAACUAUGCUCCUAUUCACACGUAUCAGGUGUGCAGAGUGAUGGAGCACAACCAGAACAACUGGCUUCAGACGAGCUGGAUCCUAAACGAAGGUGCUCAGAGAGUGUUCGUGGAGCUCAAGUUCACUCUGAGGGACUGUAACAGCCUGCCUGGCGGCUUAGGCACCUGCAAAGAGACUUUCAACGUCUACUAUUUCGAGUCCAAUGACGACGACGACAGGAACAUCCGCGAAAGCCAGUACACCAAGAUCGACACCAUCGCGGCCGAUGAGAGCUUCACUGAGCUGGAUCUGGGUGACAGAGUCAUGAAACUAAACACCGAAGUAAGAGACGUCGGGCCUCUCACUAAGAAAGGCUUCUACCUGGCCUUCCAAGACCUGGGAGCCUGCAUCGCCCUAGUGUCUGUGAGGGUCUUUUACAAAAAGUGUCCCACGGUGGUGAAGAACUUGGCCGUCUUCCCAGACAUCAUCACUGGGUCAGACUCUUCUCAGCUUCUGGAGGUGUCAGGGACCUGCGUCAACAACUCGGUGGCCGAGGAGCUUCCCAGAAUGCACUGCAGCGCCGAGGGGGAGUGGCUGGUGCCCAUCGGGAGGUGCAUGUGCCAAGCAGGCCAUGAGGAAGUUAAUGGUUCCUGUCAAGUGUGUAAGCCUGGGUUCUACAGAUCUGCUCUGCAGACUAGGACAUGCAGUAAGUGUCCUCCUCACAGCUUCUCCAAAACAGAGGGCUCCACUUCCUGUCAGUGUGAGCACGGCUACUACAGGAAGGACACAGACCCAACCAACAUGGCCUGCACAAAGCCUCCUUCAGCCCCACGCAGCGCCAUUUCAAAUGUAAACGAGACAAGCGUGUUGCUGGAGUGGAGCGCCCCGGAGGAGACGGGUGGCAGGAAGGACGUGACCUACAGCGUGGUUUGCAGGAAGAUGAGCGUAGAGUCGAGGCAGUACGAGCCGUGCGGCAGCCACGUGCGCUACCUUCCCCAGCGCACUGGCCUGAGAAACACGUCAGUCAUGGUGCUCGACCUGCUCGCCCACAAAAACUACACCUUUGAGGUGGAGGCUGUGAACGGUGUCUCCGAGCUCACCAAACCACUGCGCCAAUACGUUUCUCUUAACGUCACAACCAACCAGGCCGCUCCAUCUCCCAUCACUGUGGUAAAGCGAGGAAAGACGGCGAAGAACAGCAUCGCUGUGUCCUGGCAGGAACCAGACAGACCGAACGGCAUCAUCCUGGAAUACGAGAUCAAGUACUUUGAGAAGGAUCAGGAGACCAGUUACACCAUUGUCAAGUCAAAAGAGACAGGGUUUGUGGUGGAUGGGCUGAAGCCGUCCUCGGCGUACAUCUUUCAGAUCAGAGCUCGCACCUCGGCAGGCUACGGAGGCUUCAGUCGACGCUUUGAGUUUGAAACCAGUCCUUACUUGUCUGCCUCCAGAGAUCAGGGCCGUGUGCCCGUCAUCGCCGUGGCUGUUACACUGGGCAUCAUCCUGCUGGCGCUGAUCACCGGCUUUCUGCUCAGUGGCAGGCGCUGUGGCUACAGUAAAGCAAAGCAGGAUCCCGAUGAGGAGAAGAUGCACUUCCACAAUGGCCACAUCAAAUUCCCUGGAGUGCGUACAUAUAUUGAUCCUCACACCUACGAAGAUCCCAACCAAGCUGUCCACGAGUUUGCUAAGGAGAUUGAUGUCUCUUGCAUUACAAUAGAGCGUGUGAUAGGAGCUGGUGAGUUUGGAGAGGUGUGUAGUGGGCCACUGAGACUGCCAGGGAAAAGAGAGCUCAUGGUGGCUAUUAAGACACUGAAAGCAGGGUACACCGAGAAGCAAAGACGAGACUUCCUGGCCGAGGCCAGCAUCAUGGGCCAGUUUGAUCAUCCUAACAUCAUCCACCUGGAGGGUGUGGUCACUAAAAGCAAGCCAGUGAUGAUCAUUACAGAGUACAUGGAGAACGGAUCUCUUGACACUUUUUUAAAGAAGAAUGACGGGCAGUUCACGGUGAUCCAGCUGGUUGGCAUGCUGCGUGGCAUUGCCUCGGGCAUGCGCUACCUCUCCGACAUGGGCUACGUGCACCGCGACCUGGCCGCCCGUAACAUCUUGGUCAACAGCAACCUGGUGUGUAAGGUGUCCGACUUCGGCCUGUCUCGAGUGCUAGAAGACGACCCGGAGGCGGCCUACACCACCCGCGGAGGGAAGAUUCCCAUCAGAUGGACAGCACCAGAGGCUAUCUCUUACCGGAAGUUCACCUCAGCCAGCGACGUCUGGAGCUAUGGAAUUGUCAUGUGGGAGGUGAUGUCAUACGGCGAAAGACCCUACUGGGAGAUGAGCAAUCAAGAUGUGAUAAAGGCUGUAGAGGAGAGCUACAGGCUGCCAGGCCCUAUGGACUGCCCCACAGCUCUCUACCACCUCAUGAUGGACUGCUGGCAGAAGGACAGGAACAGCCGGCCCAAGUUCGAUGAGAUAGUGAGCCUCCUUGACAAGCUCAUACGCAACCCAAGCAGCCUGAAAAGUCUCGUCAAUCCCUCCAACAGGGUGUCCAAUUUAUUAGUGGAGCAUGGCAGUGCAGAGCUUUGUGCUUUCAGCUCUGUAGGGGAAUGGUUAGAUGCCAUAAAAAUGGGUCGAUACACCGAGCUUUUCAUGGAAAGUGGAUACACUUCACUGGACGUAGUCACUCAGAUGACCUUAGAAGAUGUGAGGAGGGUGGGAGUCACUCUGGCUGGACACCAGAAAAAGAUCCUCAACAGCAUCCAGGAGAUGCGAGUCCAGAUGACGAAUGCCACUAUUCCUGUCUGAGGCGACUCUUAGAGCUGCCCGACCUACAGUAGUAGCCUAGCACUUUUUCACCAGGGACACUUAUUUAUUGAAUAUGGAACUAGUAAACUCUUCAAAGGGAAAUGACUCGAUAUUCCUGAGGAACAAAAUGAGGAUCGGCUCAAUGGCUGGACGGAGAGUUGUGUGCGUGUGUGUGUGUGUGUGUGUGUGUGUGUGUGUGUUUAUGCACAGCCUGUCAGCCUCCUGACAGCUUUGACAGGACCGAGUCAGACGUGUUGGCAAUGAAACAUUUGGGAAAGUGUGGCACAUUUCCAAGUAGGACCACUGAGCGGCUGGUGGGAGUCUCUGGGCUGAAUGUAUAGCACUUUUUUCAAAACCUCAUGCAACAAUAUUAUUACCUCCAGAAAUCCACAAAAUCUCCAGUCUACCUACGUCGACAGAUGUUAUUCCACAUGUUCACUCGGAGGAAAGGUCAUGCCGUAAGACUUAAACCGUAUCAGUCGGCGAAGGAAGAAGUGGCCGUGUAUUACAAAGCAAUAUUAGAUUUAAAGCUUGAUACUGAUUUCAUUCCUUUUGGGAUGUGGAAGAAGAAAUGGAUGUGUAUGUACAGUUUCCGUUUGCACAGUAUGUGUCUUAAUCCAGGGGGAAAUGCAUAAAAAAAAAAAAGUAUCAGGCUUCAAAAACAAAUAUUUGGCUCCAGUUACGGUAAAGUCAUGCAUGUAAAUAGUGUACAGUUAGCUAAAGCAAUUCAUCCAAGUUCAUGUGGGGUUCAUAUACUUUUAGCCGGAAAACAAUUAGUAAUAAGAUGUUGACAUAGAAAUGAGAAAUGUUUAUAGUGCUUUUCAGUAACAUCAGGUCAUUUUACACUUGAUGUAUGAAUUCAACAAGUGGCUUUGUGCUAUUGACUUCUAUUUAUUUGAUCCUAGCAAAUCUCAUUUUACUCCUGUUUGUCUGCAGUUCAUUACAAAUAUACAGAAGCAAACAGUAGCUCUCAGUAUCUUUAUGAACAGGAGUUAUUAAAAUCAGUAUUCUUCCUGAAUGUCAGUACAUCUAAACAGCUCUGCUAUGGCCGCUCAUGAUUUCUCCACUUUACGGUCAUUAUACGACCUCCCUAGAGUAAACUGUAGUCAGACCAAAGCAUCACAUGAGCAUCAUAGAUUAAUGAGGUCAUGUUUACUGUUACAAGUGCGUUGUGCUUUGUGCUAUGAGCACACCGAUCAGUUGAAGAAAGAGGAUCAUGCAGGUUUAAACAGCUUAGCGAGAAGUUCAGCUUGUAUUAUAAACAGCGCCGAAACUCUACAAGCACACCGCCAUAAUUUGUUUAAUAUUCCAUCUAGUUUCUAAGUGCUUCCAUUUAUUUAGCAGUUAGUAGAAACCAUUUUCUAGGCUAACUGAAUGCGCUGGGUUGAAUCCCAUCCGUUAAGACAAAAGAGUUUCUCGGUUUACGUUUCUAUAACGCAUUUUUCCAAUUCGAAUAUGACAGAACAAACCAUUUUAGUGCGUUAUGCAGUGCCACGCAACUGAAAGACAUUAAAAUCACUUGUAAGGCGGUUUUUUCAUAUGCUAUUACGAGUAAUGUGUUGUUUCAUAUUAUACAUGGAGCUUAACUGUUGAGGUUUUUUGAAAAGAUUGUUAAGAGGGAUGUGAAAGGAGAUCAAACAAUAUCAGCAAACACUAUGGAGGAUUUAUACAAAUACACUAAUGUCUGCAAACUAUUAUUUAUUUAUUUCUGUUGUCAGCACAUUAGACAACCUCUUUACCGAUGCUUAAUUUGUAUUGAACGUCCACUCUUUAACCAGCAGCAGUGUUCAGUGUUUUUACUUAAGUUGAAUUUUCUUCACUCAGAUUACAACUAGUGUUAUUGAAAAAAGGGCCGAUGACAAAUUGAGCAAUCCUCUAUUUUUAAAUGGACCUUUAAUUUCUGUACAUUUGGACUGGUUUUGUUCCUAGAUCUAAAGUUUACAAAGUGCAUAGUUCUAAUUAGACAUUAAAGCACAGUGAAAUCAUGAAACAUGCACGUUUUCCUGAAAGAAGAGCAAGAACUUUUUCUCUUUAAGGAUAACAGAGAAUGCACACUGCAGGGGAUUAACAUACAUAGAGGCAUCUACCAGCCUGAAAGAUCAUCUCAAAUGAUAUAAUAGGCUUAACAGGCUUAAAUAAACUCUACAGAUUUAGUUUUAUAACAUGAUAGGCAAGAUAUCAGCAUGGAUGAGAAUUACUUCAUACCAUUAACAAAACAAACCUUUCUUGUGAGCCUUUUUAAUUGCAGGAAAGCCAGACAGAUCCCACCAUCUGAUCAAUGAUCAUGUGACGCUAACAAAAAAAUGAAGGUUUUACAGACCGCCAUGGGGCCUUUUGGGACUUUCCUUAAUAACACUGGCAUGUAGGAGAGAAACAGAUGGAACAGAAAUGAUAAAACAUGCAUGAUAUUGAGGCGAGGUUUGCUCAAAUGCAUUUUUGGAGCAUAAAUAUGUUUUAGCCUAUCAUAAGCCACAAAUAUUUUAGGAUCAGAUUGUUCCAACAACAAAAAAAAAAAAAAGCACAGAAAAAAAAUGGUGUGUUGCUGUUGUGAUUAUUUGUCUACUCCCUUUUAUUGUGCGUUUUGUUUGUGUAAAUGUCUUUUGUAGUGUAAUAUAUUAAAUUUUCUAUUUUUUUCUAAUAAAUUCAAAAGAAAAUCUGAUUGGCUUAAGUCUGUUUUUUUGUUUUCGGUAAC